CCAAUAUGGCUGACAAACAAAGACCAAUUUUUUCUCCUUGAGAAAUCGCGAUCUGUUGGCUCUCAGCUCAAUAGAAACGGAUGAACUGCACAAAUUUAGGUAGCCUGUAGCUUUAGAUAUCAUCUGCUAUUAACAAUGGUUCUGUUCGCGAUGAUUACGCGUGUUUCAGAUGGAAUGCCUCUGUCUGCUUCCACCGACCUCGAUAUGCAUUUUGAGCUUAAAGAAAGCAAGAGACUCGCCAAAAGUUUAGCCAGGAAAGCUAAUCAGUAUCCAACUAGAUGUGCCAUGCAAUGUGGAAAUCAUAUGAUAUACUUUGUGAAGGCUGUUGGAGUUUGUUUCUUGGCUGUUUGUAAUGGAACCUAUCCCGCUGUUUUGGUGUUCUGUUUCCUUGAGGAGCUUCAGCGUGAAUUUGUAAUAACAUUUCAAAGUCAAGAUGUUCAAAGAGCAAAGAGACCCUAUUCAUUCAUAGAAUUUGAUUCCUUCAUUCAGAAAACCAAGCAAAGAUACAACAACACAAGAACUUUGACAUCACGGCUUAAUUUAAGUGAAAUGAGUGAAGAUUUACACAACAACCCUCCAUUCCAGAUAUCACAAUCAGAACUUGGACCAGAAAAUAACACAGAUGUCAAGACUUACAAGACAGGAGGCCCAACAAGACGUCUUGAACCCUUGACAUGGAAAAGUCUCACUGCCUGUGUUUUAGCAGGAAUUUGUGGACUUCUUAACUUUCUAAGAUGUUUUCCAUUUUUAAAUGUUAUAGUACUUGAUGAUGAGGCCAGUGCUACUUGGUUCUCAGCUGUUGGCUUUUUGCUUGCUGGUGUUUUGAACUGUUGCCAGCUUCUGCUCCUGCUGUUUUCAGUCAGAUGGAGGAUGCCGCUGGCAAGAAUAUUAUUUGGCUUGCUUCUCUUUUUAAUUUACUUGCUACGAGGCCUUCGAAACAUCUGGCAGAUUCUCUUCCACCUCACAGUUGCUGCCUUUGUGUUAUAUCAAACUGCUAAGCGACAGCUACAAGCAAAGCCCCCUGAUUACAAUGUAUAGGAUCAAGAAAUCAGCAUAUAGAUAACAAUGGUUUUAAAAAAAAAUGAUGUAAUAUACAAAUCUGAAAAUGAAAGCAAGUUUAUAUCAUGAACGCAGGUAGUCAAGCAUCACUUGGUUGUUUGUGUCACAAUUUAAAAACACAUAUUGAGCUUUCAGUGGAUAUUAUGAAUUUACAGAGAUACUAUGCUCAUUGGUGGAUAGGUGUGUUAUAGAGAUGAGUUUGUAAAGAGGGUGGUGGCAUUUUACAAUGUAGAUCUGUGCAUAUUUCUAAAACCCAAGGAGAAGUCAAA